AUGCCAGAGGACAAGGAAGAACUGUUCCAACAAGGCGCUACAGCUAACCCCACGUAUCUUAUAGCUGAUGUGGGCACUGCAGAGUUGCCAAGUCCUAAAGAGCUGAAAACAAAUACUGGGGAUGACUCCGUCGCGUGUGGCAAUGCAGAUACGUACUACGGCAAUAAUCAUAAUGGUCAUGUAGACGAGACUAAUGCAGCAAACCCAACAGACAGGGCUGACGAUCCAACUCAUGGGGUAUACCCAACUGGGAUGGAAGAAGAACCUGUUACCCGUAAUGUAGAGGAUCGGGUCGCAAGCGAUGGAGACUCUGCGAAUGGUUCCGUAUCGAGCACGUUCCGGGUAGAUUCCGUUCAGACCAAAAAAGGUCAUAAUAGCCGAACAGUGAGCGGUACGUGCGCGGACUUGGCUAGUUUAUUUCGUAUGUCCACGGGUGCUCGGUCAGGUAUAAGUGGCCUGCCAGAUGAAGCAGAAAGGGUCGUGGAUUUGUCGGACGCAAUUCGCACCAGCGACGUUGCUUUGUUUCAUGUGCAAUUGGACGGGGUGUGCAUAGUUCGUUCUGUGGCUGGCAUUGAUGAGGUGUUCUCUGCUGUGUUGCGACAGGUGUCAGAGAGAGAGUUGUCAGGGGGACAUGCGUCGUUUGGGCCUUUGAAUACGCAGGGUGUCUGGAGGAGUUUGAUGGGCGAUGUAGAGACCGUGUUGGAGCAGCUGACUACGGCGGAGAAGGAGGCUGCCAAAACGUGUGCGAAACUGCGUUGUCAGGAAGAGCAUGCGGUCUCCGAAGAACGGUGGGAAGAGGCUGCGGAAUUGAGCAGGGCUUGCACGGAAGCCAAGCUAUCUGCCUCCGCCAUCUCCUUCAAAAGACAGCACACCAUCCUCGAGCUUGCAGAACGCUUUGCGGCGCUCUUUCCCGACGGUAUCGCACAACUCCGGGAAUGCCUGACCACGUAUCUCCGACAGCUCGCAUUCAUUUGCAACGCGAUUGGAAGCAUCAGCUUCUCCAAAGAUGACCGAGACGACAUCAACAAACGAAAGGACCAAUAUGCAGUGCAACUCGCUUCUAUCAAUCUACAACUCCAAGCCUUAGAGGAUAGCUUCAAUGUGGAGAAAUGCGCGAAAGCUGAGCCAAUUAAACAACACCAUAAUGUCGUCGGCGAGGAUGGGGAGUGUGCAACUGCCAGCGAGCAGUAUGCUUUAUCCGAGUCGGGGGGUGCUGUAGAGCAGUCUGGUAUCGCAACGGCAGACAUAUCAGUUUCGCAUGAAUCAGGUCUUGAAGGUCUGCUGGAGUCGGUGAGGGAGGAGAAGAGAAUUUUUGUAGAGGAGCGUGACAUAUUGUUUACUGAAAUUACCCGCAUGAAAGCGGAGUUGAUUACCCGCGAGAAUGAGCUCAAAGUAGCCUGCCGGCACAUCGAUCAAGCUGAUGAAAAUAUACGGGAGAUUGAAUCUAGAUUGGCUACCGCACACGAAGAGAAGAGAGUACGGGAAUCCCAUCGACAAAACCUACUUAGUGAGAAGGAAGUUGUAGAACACAAUCUCUUUACCCUUGACCACCUAGACCUGGCUAAUGACCAAUUAGUUCGGGAAAGAUUAAAAAAGGUUGCGGAGAUGCUGGAGUCAGAAGCGAUGAAUGUUUCGUUGGCUGCUUCUAUUUCAAUCGAUGACAUUCUACGUAGCAAUGACCGCCGGCCCCAAGAUGUGACUGAGCCUCAAGAUUUGGACGAUAAAUCAGGAGAGCGAAAGCACGAUGCCGGAGAGUCAGAGCAGGAGGCCGGAGAGCGAGAGCAAGAGACACGGGGAGAGGGUGAUCCGGCUCUAUCUGAGACCUUAGCUUCCUUGCUCAGGCGGCUUAAAGAAGGUAUUUCGAAACAUGAGAAUUUGUUUGGUGCUCUGCUUACGGAACAGGGAAUGACGAGGAGAUUCUUGCUAAAUGGUGAGAACGGCAGUGGGGACGGAACGGAAGUCCUUGGAGUUGGAAGCGAGGGUUGGCGGUCACUGUACGGUGGUUUGGGAUGGGUGCAGGGGCUGCAGGAGGAUGUAGUGUUGCGUCGCGCUGUCCACUGUCGCGAGGCACUGUUGAAACUAUUCAAUCGGAAAGCGGAGCUGGAAGUGAAGGUGCAAAGGGCGGCUAACGACUUGGAAGCAUUGGAUCAGACCAAGCAAGAGGCUGCGUCGGCCCGCAAUUACGGGCUGGCGGCGUCGAAGGCUCAAGAGGCGAAGACUCUCAAGACCCACCUUAACGAACUUAAAGUCCACGAAAAACAGCUAAGCCAGGAACUUGCACAGGCCUCGGCCGCCUCUGAUCUAUACGAACAAGUGAGCACAUUAACUUUCGUGUCAGAAAUAUGCCUCGACAUGUACCGACUCAUACAGUCAGCAGGCACCUACUUGAGAACACACGACCGAACACUCGUGGAACAACUUCGCACACACACGCACGAGCUUGGGGCAGCAGAAGUCAAAUUCCUUCAACUCGCUAUCAGCAAACUUCAGCCAACCUACUGUCCGACCAAGGACCCAGAUUGCCCCAACAACGAAGAGUCUUAA